UUGUUGCUGCUGCCUGCGCUGCCGGUCCUCCUCAGUCGACGCCGCCGUCUCAGCUGCCAUUUGAGUGUGUGCGUUUGGCCGAGCAAGAAGUUCCACUUCCAGUUUCCAAGCUGCGCUCAUGGGCUAAAAAUAAAAAUAAAAACAAUAACCGAAACCGAAAAGAUAACAUUGAGCAGUCAAGCGAGGUUUUCUUUUUAUAUACGUAUAUAAACUGUUUUUUUCGGCCAAGCGAAAUCUUUGAAAUAAAUUAACGAGCGCCAAGUGAUUUUGCGCAUGCUCCGCGUUCAGUGGGUGGCAAGAAAGGAGAGAGCAAAAAGUGGGAGAGCAGAGAGAGCCGCCGCGAUGACAGUUAUUCAUUUUCUCUUGUGACUCUGGACAAUUCGCAUUAAUUUAGCAAUUAGUUUUAAUGUUUACAUUCACCGACCAUCAAGGCAAUUGAAAAAACACAAAAAAACUACAUCAUGUGACGACCUCUCAAAAAAGAAGCGAACAAAAGGGGUAGAAAAACAGAGGAAUAAAAAAACCAAAAGCAAAAACACCCCAAACAAACCAAAAGUGCCUAGGCGACAGUCGGAAUUUGUAAAAUGCUUUAAAAAUUACAUAAUACAAAUCGAAGAGGAAAUCGCUCGGCCCAAAGUGAUUUAAAUUUAAAUGUAAUUCAAGAAUGCCGAGUGACUAAGAAAAGAAUUUGCCAUAGGAAAAGGGAAGGAAGAGAAGUCAACAAAGCAAGAUGACGCACGUAAACAAUGGAAUGAAGGAAAAGGAGAUGGAAGUGGAGCCAGCGAGAGAGCCAGACAGGGAGAGGGAGAGGGAGCCUGCUGCCGGCAGCGGGGUCCAUCAUCGAUUUUUAGCCAGUGCAUCAGAGCGGGACGGCAACAGGGAUUAUGCAUUGGAAGCUGCGGCGGUUUCUUCUUCUUCUACCACCUCUACCUCUGCUGCAGCAACAACGAUUACCACCAACUUGGAAGACUUGGCCUUUGAGGCAUGCCAAAAUUGGUCGGAGUUGCACCAAGACUUCUUCAUCACGGACGAUGAACUUGAGUACGACGACGAACUGCUCUCUUUGGGGAGCAGCAGCAGCAUUGGCAACAUGUGCAGCAUUGCAACAGCGGCGGCAACUGCAGCAGAGGGUUUGAUAACGGGAGAGCAGCAGAACGAGCAGCUGCUAAUGGAAGUUCUAUGCGGCAACCGCGUUAGCCAGAUGACUCGGGCGUACGAUGACAUUGAGGCCGUGACGCGACUGCUGGAGGAGAAGGAGAAGGACCUGGAGCUGACUGUGCAGAUCGGCAAGGAGCUGCUCACCCAGAACAAUGCCCUCGAGGCCCGCGUCGCCGAUCUGGAGACCGAUCUCAAGGCCUCCAACGACGAUCGCGCCCAGCUCGUCCACGAGCUGCACAAGAAGAACGAACUCAUCUCCGUGCUGACCAACGAUGCAGACGAUGGCACAGAUACUGACACUCCCACCAUGUCGAAGUCCAUCACCCUGGACCUGCUGCAGCGCAAGGUGAACACUCUGCUCGACGAGAACAAGUCGCUGAAGUGCGAGGCCACCCAACUGGCCCACCAGACGGACGAGGUGGAGGAGCACGAGCGCCAGCUGAUGGCCGACAUCAGUGCCCAGUUGAACGAUGCCAAUUCGCAGUACGACAACCUCAGUCUGGAGUUGGAGCGGCAACGGGAGGAGAACCGCCUGCAGCACGAGCAGAUCGUGAGUCUGACGGCUCGCCUGGCGGAGGCCGAGAUGCGGCUGCACCAACUGACGCAAGACAACGACGAGCACCUGUCGCUGCUGCACGUGACCAAGGAGAAUCAGAAUGCCCUGGCCCUGGAGCUGGUGGAGUUCAAGCAGCGCUACGAAGAGGUGCUCGCCCUGCUGCACUCGGCCCAGGAUCAGCUGAAGCAGCAGCGCAAGCGGUCUCAGCCGAUGGCGAGGAGCUCCUUCCUCGGCGGCCUGGGCACUAGCGGAGCCGGCGUUGGCAGUGGUUUCUUCCAGCCGGACUCGCUGCACAACGAGCUGAUGGAGUCGUCGCAGUACUCGGAGAACAGCCUGGACUCUGGCAUCUCCGGCGACAGCCAACGUUCUGCGGACCGCAUUAGCCGCAUGAUGAUGCACAUGCCGUCCGGUGGCAUGAGUUCGUCCGUCAUGGGCGGCAGUGUGUACGCCGGGGCUGGCAAUGUGCCGCCGUACAAGCGGGUGUUCGACACGGUGCGAUGUGCCGGCAAGAGCGGCAACUACAUGGACAGCGGCAACGUGUCGAUGACCCAACUGGGCGCCAUGUCGAUGAGCAGCACCUCGGGGCCGCGCAUGGCUUCGAUGGCGUACCCAGCGGGCUCUUACUAUCGUGGCGGUAGCAGUCAAUCGCUGGGCGUUAAAACUCUGUCCAGCGAGAGUCUCAACUCCCAGUCCGAUGACGGUUAUCCAGCCCAGCCCUCUGGUGUGCCAGGAGCGCCCGGCGCCAAGGAGCUGGAGGCGGCUCUUAAGAGGCUGACGCCGGCGGAGGUUUUGGCCCGCCGUGCUAUGCUGUCUUAUGCGCCGGCUGGAACCUAUAACUAUGAUGAGCCCACGACUCAUGGAGCAGGAAAAGACCGCAACUCUGACCUCCCGUUGGGCGUGCGCACGCCGGACAGCAUCAUGUCCACCGGCUCCUCUGGAAUGUCGGGCUCUACGAAUCACAUGUCCGCCUCGAUGACGCACCAGUGGCGCCUGCCCGAGAAGCUGCAGAUCAUCAAACCGAUGGAGGGAUCCCAGACAUUGCACCAUUGGUCGCGUCUGGCCACGCCCACACUCAGUGGAUUGCUGGACGAGCGUCCCGGCGUUACGAUUCGCGGUGGACGUGGGCUAGACGACCUGGGCAUGCAGAUCUACACGCUCUCGGACGUCGAAGAGGACGUUAGCGAUGAUCUGCCCGGCAAACAGUUCGAGGCACCGGGCUGCACGUUCACCUACACCAACAGCAUGGUCAUGCAUCCGGACGAUGGCUUCGUGAACGAUCUGUCGUUCUUGUCGCAGUCUCAGAUGUCCUCCCGCAUGGCAUCCACAUCGACAUCAAGACAACCCAGUUGUCCCGCCACGCCACGCGCCGGACUCUCGCGCAAAAACUCCUGCUCCACAUUCUCGGUGAACCUCGGUCUCGCCGGUAUGCUGAAUGAGAGGGGCAUCAAGGCGGUGACGCCCAGUGCCCUCAACACGCCCGCCGGUCCAAACUUCUCGCCCACGGUGACGCCUUGCAACAGCCCGGAGGGAUCUCCGCCUCGCGCCCAGUCGCCCGAGCCACUGUUUGGACUGCUCUCGUCGGGUGCGGACCUAAUUCGCCGAAAGAUCGUCGGCGAUCAGCACCAGCAGCAGCAACAGAAGCAACGAAGCAGCCUCAGCAAGCAGCAGCAGCAGAAGAUCAUGCUGUCGCACCUGGAGAGACGGGCACUGCGAUCGCUGAACCUGAUCGAGAAGGUGGAGAGCAUUGGACUGGAGAAUAUCAUAAGCGCACAGCGAGGCCUUGGCUCGGGUAUUGCAAACCGCAGCAGUUCGCCGCUGAGCAGUGGCAGCCUGCAGAGCCUGCACACCAGCACCAACAGCAUUGUGGACGACAUUCACUUUGAUCGGGCGCAAAUCAAGGGUGUCCUCCAUCGAGGCCUAAAGUCGCCCACGCCAGCGGGAUCUUCCACUUCUGCGGCAGCCGGCGUAGCUAAAUCGACGAGCAGCAGCACCAGCGCUUACAAUAGCGAUGACAGCGACGACCAGGGUUUAGUGAUGAAAAUCAAGCCAUCAAAGGGCGCGACACCCACAACAACAACAGCAGCAGCACAACAAAGUCAGCCAACCUCUGGAUCGAGUGCACCGGCGACGACGGCCAGCGAAACGCGGCUGAAGCAGAUGCAGCGCCAGAAAUCGCGAAGGCAACUGAAGAACGGCAUGGCCAGCCAGCGACCUGAUUUGGGCACGAUUUCUGGAGGCGGCGGAGGAGGCGGACGGGUGCGUCCCGAUCUGGGCAAGGUUGCCGACAGCGGCAGCAGCAAGCUGAGCGCCAAGCGGCAUGAGGCGAAGGCAGCGGAGGAGGAGGAGGCGGUUCCGCAGAGCAUCACACAGGCGUUUGUGGGUUCAGUUAGUUCCUUGCUUUUCGGCCGUAAGGGCGGUUGGCUGUAAGGCAAAGUAGCCAAUCAUUCACAAUCUUAUUCUAACGCUUGCUGGACUAUAGUUUACUUUUAAAGGAAUGAAACGAUGCCUUUUGCGAGUUAAAUAAUAUUUUUUUAAGCACAACGCGGGAACGAGUUGAUUAGCGAAACGUAAUGUAAUCGUGGGAACGUUCAGUUUCAUUUUUUGUUUAAUGCCCCGCAUAAUGCCUGUCAGCGCCACCUUAAGCAACACUGGAAGAAGGUUUUAGUGUUCGUAGCUGUGAUUUGUAAAUACAUAUAGAGAAAUGUUUAAAUUUAGUAGUUAUUAAUCGAGUACUUCGCAUAUUAUUAUUUUUGCUUCAACUGACGGCGGCAAGUUAAGAACCGAACGAUGGCCAGUUCGUUGAACACCGAGUUCCAAAGCAGCUAUUUUUAGUUUAAACUACAUUUUGCCAAUUUUGUAUUUAUUUUUCCUGUGUUUAUUACCACGUAAACGAAAACGAAACCAUGUAUACAUUUAUUUUUAUGAUUUCCCUGUGUAAAGGGUCAAAGCUGGUGCAAAGUUGUAUAUAGGAAGAACAAAACAAAAAGAGAGAGAUCAAUCUGUAACUUGGAUGUGGUUAAGCGAGGAGGUACAUAUAUAUAUUUUUUUACACGCGUAUAUAGUUUGCGUUUUUUGCUUUCCACACAAGAGACGUGCUCUGUAGAACUCCCAAUACUGUAUCACAAAGAUCAUAACUCAAAACGAUGCUAUUGCUUUGACUUAAUUCUUAUUUGGGUGCUAAGCGCGCCACCAAACGAAAAUACAUAAACUCUAGCGAGAAACGAUUAUUUUUCUAGUCCUAUCCUGGGUCGGUGCUCGCUUGGCUAUGCGCAAACUGCGAGCAUAGCUUCAAGGCAGAGCGCCCACAACUCGAGACACAAGAACUUAAGAUCCACUGAACAAAUGUGUGAAAGAAUGCGUAUUAUAGACUCAUUAGUGAGAAGCGGCCUCCAAGAACCAGUAAAACAAUGGCUGUUGAUUAGCAAUGCACACUGAUGGCCAAUCUCGAAGCAGUAGCAUUACACGGACACAUGUUAUCCAAACACUUGCGAUCAGCACUCUAGCAAGCAGUUAUAGUCUAUUAGCAGGAUUCUCAAAUUUGAGGUGUAAAAUUGAAGAUGCAUACUUUGUUAUUUGACUUCGAACGGUUUUAAUUUAAAGAACGAAAAUAUCAUGGAUUAAGAAAAUAUCUUUUAAGAUCAAGAUCAAGAAGUAACAUAUGUUUAUUGGAGUUGUACGCGUUUUUCGAGGAUUUGUGUUUAAUAGCAUUUCAACUGAGGAGUUGGCAUUACAAGCUAAUCGAGUGCGUGCCCAAAAACGUAAAUUAUACAAACAUUUGGAAUACAGAACAGAUUGUAAAAGUUAUUAGUUUUAAUUACCAAUAUAUUUAUUUAUAUCUGCAAAUAAAGAGAACAUCGUUAAAUACAAUUCGAA